AUUUGAAAAAGACAGUUAAUGCUCGUGUUUGUGACAACGUGUUGUUUUGCAGCCAGCUGACCUUCUGGACGUCUAACCAAAGCAACAGCAUCAGUGGAACAGAUGGAAGUGCUUUCCAUCCCUUGCUGAACAAGAAUGAACACAUCUACGUCUUCACCUCAGACCUCUGCAGACAGGACUGAUGUCUGUUACAGUGUCUCCUGUUCGGCUGCUGCAGGUGUUCUUCUUCAUGCUGCUGGCAUGGCCCUUCGCCUUCACAGCCUCCCUUGGACAUUCUGAGUUUGUAAUUGAGCCACAGUCAUGGUGGAGGAGACUUAUCCACCAGUGUUUACAAGUAAUCAUGCCAGCCAUGUGGUUUUGCGGAGGUUUCCAUUGGAUCCAGGUGAAAGGAAAACAUGCAGCACUUUCUGACGCUCCCAUCCUCAUCGUCACACCACAUUCUUCCUACUUUGAUGCCAUCGCAGUCACCACGACCAUGUGCUCCGCAGUCAUCAAACUGGAGAACAGGAGCAUUCCUGUGUGUGGCAAGAGCCUCAUCACUUUAUAAAACAUUUUAAUAGCAAUACAUGUAAAUUCUGCGUUCGUCGACCCAAAAUCUGCAAUGGCCAGAGCCACCACAAAGAUGACUGGAGAUGUCUAAGUGCUGUAUUUACUGUACCUUCUCUGUCUGACAUAACACCAACUCCAACGCCACACCUGGCACCUCUGUGCCUUUAUGUGCAGGUAAGGAAAGAGAAUUAGCAGGAGAAUAAUGAAGUUGUUAAGAGGUGUAUGGGUGCU